AUGACGUCAAGACUAUCACGUUUGCACAUUGAUUGCACGGAGGCUCGGAAUGGACGCUGCAUGCGUAAAAAGUAUGUGGAAAAGGCGGUCUCUUCGUCUUUCGUCUCGAGAAAAUGUUUGAGCAGUCACUGUGUCACCUCGUACAGAACACAGUCCCUGGGACUCACAACAGUCGGACGACGCUUUCUGCCCACGCAUGCGCUUGAGCAUAAUACACAUCUAUACGAAAUUUUUGUUCAGGACUUUGCCAUCAUGAAAGAACAGACCAUACGCCUAGAUCCAGGACUAAACAUUAUCACGGGACAAUCUGGAAGUGGAAAAUCUAUUUUCCUUGAAGUGAUCGCACAACUCUGUGGAGCGGGGGCAGGUGAAGAGUUUAUUCGAUCCGGCGCGGAGAGCGCACUCAUCCGAGGUAAAUUUAAUAUUGGAUCGGAUGUGAUGUCUGAUGUCUGCAAUAUCUUGAGUCAUCACAACGUUCCAGCUGACAGAUAUAAUUUUGCAGCCACCGCAAAACGUCAACUUUCUAAAACGGAAACAGGGGCAAAAAGUGAGCCGGUGAUUCUAUCUUGCCAACUGCAAAUUGAGCGGCGCCUUACUUUUGUAGACGUUGACGACGGUAACAAAUCGCACGCUCAGGCUCAGGUAUCAUCACGAAUGAUGACAACUGCACCAUCACGCCGAGUACGAAGUGCUUGUCGCAUAAACGACACCCAAGUACCCCUAAAAGCUCUGAGAGAGUUGGGCAGAGUUCUUGUCGACUUCAACGGGCAAGGAACUGCCUCUCAUUUGGCAGAAGAACAAUUUCAGCUGAAAAUUUUAGAUGCAGUUGGAGGUACUUUUGAUUUACGCCGCCGUUUUGUUGAGUUAUCUUCCCAUCUCCGCGCCAAGCAGUACGAAUCCUCCAAGCUAGUUGGUAUGACUGCCAAAGAGCGAAAAGAGUUGGAGAGCCUCAUUCACGAUGUCAACCUAGUCAGGCCAGCAGUUGACGAGGACGUAACGCUUCGAACUAUGUUGAGACAUUUGGAUGGGAUAGACGCGACGCUUGAGGAAACUGCAAGAUUAUCAACCAUGUUUGAUGGUGGUGGCAAUGGAACGGAAGCAGGUAUUAAAAGCUCUCUGAGGUAUGUCACUUCGCAGCUAACAGCCUUGCUGGCAAAUGCUCGCCACGUCACAAAAAAUGGUGCAGACCCAGAUAUAAAAGCCAGUAAUCAUCAAGCAGCUCAGGAGAAUGCUGAUCUACAGGCUCAGCUCAUAGUGGCAGACACUCGCACAGAUGAAGCAUUUCUGGGUUUGGAGGAUGCACUGUCCAAGUGUCGGGAGGCUGAGCUCCUGAUUUUGGAUGCACAAAGUCGGUUGCUUGACUAUGCCAAUUUGAUACGAGUAGAUCAGGUGAAACGGGAAGCAUGCAUAACACGUCUGCGUGAGCUGGAAAGGCUCUGCAAUAGAAUUGGUGUUCAGAGUUCCGCAGAGGCGCAAGAGUCAGCCAAGGUAG